AUCCGGAACUUCUGUGAAACUUUCUCUUUCGAUUUUGAGACAAGGUGCAGGAGAUCAAAUACUAUCCAAAAUGGCUUUAACAGAUUUGUCGCGAUUUCAUUCGACAAGGAGAGAGACGGAAGUGGGCCCAGGGGGGGAAAUGCUGCAAAGUAGUUUCCAAAGUACUGAUCCUCACAACAUGAGUGUUCUGAGGAUUGUUCUGCUGGGGAAGAGUUUAUCUGAAAAUAUCAGAGUGAGAAACUCUAUGCUGGGAAUAGAUGUGAGAGAGAGUGAAGCUACAUCAGAAUACUUACAGAAGCACAGUGUGAGAAUCAGUGGAAUGGUGGAGAACAGACGUAUUGCAAUGAUCAACUCUUCUCACCUGCUUCAGACAAAUCUCUCACAUCACCAGAUCACAGAAAGAGUGAAAGAGUGUAUCAGCGUGUCUGCUCCAGGACCCCAUGCGUUCAUUCUCAUUCUGCAGCAUCAUGACUUCAAUGAAGAAGACAGAAACGGAGUCACGAUUGUGUUGAAACAUUUCAGUGAGGAGGCGAUUAAGCGCACCGUAGUGCUGACUACUGAUGAAAAAACACGCAGCUACUUACAACCUGUGAAAAAUAAAUUUAUCAAUCAAUUAAUACAGGAGUGUGGAGGAGGACAUCUUCAGUUUGAUGAAAGACCAGACUGGCGCUCUGAGAUGUGCAGAAGGAUAGAUAACAUACUCAAGAAAGAACCUGAUGCAUUUAUUGUUUGUGACAUGUAUGAAGAUGCACUAGAAGGAACAUCAGUGGAUGAAAAGCAGAACAGACCUGAAAGUUUGAGCAGAGAAGAUGAUGAUUCUGACCAUAAAAACGGUGGAAAAGACCAAGCAAGUCAUAAGAUCAGAGGAGGUGUUCCAAGUAAUCCUACAUCAGUGAGUGUAAACUCAAAGCUGAAUGUGGUGUUGUGUGGAACUGAUGCAACACUAAAGGUCACCGUGUCCAAACUUCUACGAGGAAAACCUUUAAAUCAUAAAGUAUUCAGCCCAUCAGUGUGUGUGAAGAAAGAAGAGAAAGUACAUGGACGUCAGAUCUCUGUUGUGGAGCUUCCAGCUUUGACACGACUCUCAGAUGAAAAGAUGAUGUGUCAGACUCUCAACUGUGUGUCUCUCUGUGAUCCUGGAGUUUGUGUGUUUCUCAUCAUCAUACCUGUUGGUCCACUGACAGAAGAAGACAUAGCGGAAAUUGAGAAGAUCCAGAAAAUAUUUGGCUCUAGGGAUCACUUGAUGAUGAUUUUCACAGCAGAGUUUGCUGUUAACAGAUCAGUGACAGACUUUGUAAAGGCAUUGUCAGAAUCUCUAAGUCUCUGUAGAACUCGGUACAAAGUGUUGGGCUUGAAGGGACAUGGAAAAUCCAAACAGAUUCCAGAUCUACUGGAUUAUAUAGAGAACAUGAAGACUGAACCAUAUUCACUUCAGAUGUUUGUCAGAGCUCAAGAGAACCAGGUCAGACAUGAAAUGGAGAUGAAAUAUCAAGAUGAACUAAAGGGAAAGGAGAAAAAAAUCAAAGAGUUACUAGAGAAGAUUCAAUCAGUGGGUGCUGAGGGUGAAUCAGAUGAUCAGACAUGUUUGAGAAUCGUGCUAAUCGGGAGAACAGGAAAUGGAAAGAGCGCAACAGGAAACACAAUUCUGGGAAGAAAAGUGUUUGAGAGCAAACUGAGGUCAGAUUCAGUGACGAGUGUUUGUGAGAAAGGAGUUGGUGAAGUUGAUGGUGGAUCAGUAUCUGUUGUUGACACUCCAGGACUGUUUGACACCACACUGUCAAAUGAAAAAGUGAUUGAUGAAAUAGUGAAAUGUGUGUCACUGUCAUCACCUGGACCUCAUGUCUUCAUCAUUGUGUUGACUUUGGGAAGAUUCACUCGAGAGGAGUCAGACACUGUAGAUCUGAUAAAGAAAAUAUUUGGUACAAAAGCUGCACAGUUCACUAUCGUUCUGUUCACUAAUGGAGAUAAACUUGAGGAUGAAACUAUAGAAGACUAUGUGAAUGUAAGUAAAUCGGAGGAUCUAAAGAAACUGAUCAGAGACUGUGGAAACAGAUUCUUGGCGUUUAAUAACAGAGAAACACAAGACAGAAGUCAAGUGACUCGACUGAUAAACAUGAUAGAAGAGAUGAAAACAACAAAUCACGGUCGAUAUUUCACUAACAGCAUGUUUGAAGAGGCAGAGAUGAGCAUUAAAAAGAGAAUGGAGGAAAUACUGAAAGAGAAAGAGAGAGAAAUUCAGACUAAGAAUGAGGAAUUAAAGGCCAAACAUGAGAUGGAGAAAGAGAACAUGAUGAAGAGAUUAGAGGAAGAGAAGAGAAGAGCAGACGAGGAAAGAAUGCAGAUGGAGAAAAACUUCAGAGAACAGAAGGAAAUUCUGAGAAAAGAGUUUGAAGAGAAAGAGAAAACAGAACAACAGAAACGAGAGCUUGAGAAACAGAAACAAAUAGAGGAAGAAAAACAACAAAGAGCUGAACAUCUUCAGAAGAUAGAAGAGAUGAAGAGAGAGACUGAACAUCAGAGAUCACUUUAUGAACAACAGCAGAGAGAGAGAGAAGAGAAGGAUAGAAAGAGAGAAGAGAAAUACAAACAAGAUCAAGAGAAGAUCAAACAAGAACAAGAACAGAUUAUAACACAAUUACAAAAGAGACAAGAAGAAGAUGUUAGAAAGAGAGAAUCUGAGGAGCAAAAGAGACAUGAGGAAGAAGAGAGACAGAGAGAAGAAUGGAGAAGAAGAAUAAGCGAAACUGAAAACGACAGAAAAGAGACUCUAGAGGAAAUUAAACGACAAGAGAGAGAAUGGGAGAAAGACAAGAAACGACAGAUGAGAGAACGAGAGGAAGAUGAGAGAAAGAGAAGAGAGAAACAUGAAGAACAACUGAGAGAAAAACAAGAAGAACUGGAGAAAAUGAGAAAGAAGAUUGAGAAAGAGAGAGAAGAAGAGAGAGAAGAAGAGAGACAACAGAGAGAUGCAGAGAGACAGAAACUGAAACUAGAGAAAGAAGAGAAAGAGAGAGAAUAUCAAGAGAAGAAAACUGAAAUGAUGAAACAUUAUGAGCAGCAGGAGAGAGAGAGAACAGAGAUGUGGGAGAGAAAACAACGAGAAGAUGAUGAGAGAAGAGAAGAAGAGAGAAAGAGAUGGGAGAAAAGAAUUGAUGAUAUUAAAAGAGAACAGGUGAAGGCGAUGAUGACAAGAGAAACACAAGAGAGAGAGAGAAAAGAAAGAGAAGAGAAAGAGAGAAAAGACAUGAAGGAAGAACAUGAGCAGAAAAUAAAAGAGAUGAAGAAGAAACAUGAAGAUGAAGCCAGAAAACAAGCAGAAGAGUUGAAUGAGUUCAGAGAGAGAAAAGAACGACAUGUUCAAGAACUCAAACAGAUGCUGGAAGAACGUCAGAAACAACACGAGUUACUGGAAAAACUCUAUCAACACUUCAAUCAACAGAAAGGAGAAGAAACAGAAGAGCUACGAAAAGAAGUUGAAGAACUGAAAUAUAGACGAAGAUGUGUCUUUCUGUAACACCAUUAAUGUUAAAGAUAAGUAGGCAACCACUGGGCAGUCUGCAGGCCUGGGCUGGGAUUUAAAGUCACACAGUUACACAAGAAGAUACUGCAAAUGUGCCAAAACAAGUUAUCUAACAUGUCAUGACAUUUACUACACGGCAUCGGAAAGAGAAAUUGGAGAUUUGGAAUAGCAUGAGAAUUACAUGUAGAUUUGUGAUGACAGCAAUAUAUAGAGAAAAUACAAUUUCACGUUACGUUUACAUUUAGGCUUUAGCAGAUAUAUUUUUCAUAUGUGGGUGUUUAUUUGGCUUCAGCAGUAAUCAUGAAUCAAGAGUUCCUUGUCUAAAUGUAAACAUCAGUUAAAGACAAACCUAAAUAAAAUAUAUUGAAAGACCACAGGGUCCACAUUAAAGAACAACUGUACUGUAUAUUGUAAGUUGUUUGGUGACUUAUAACACAUAAUAAAGCUUCCGAUUG